UAGGUCACUAGCAGUAGUCUUGAACGCUGUUCCUGAGCAAGCUCCCAAUCAGCAAUUUGAAAGAAAGAAUAAUUUCCCUUGACCCACCGGGAAAUGAGCCGCAGAUUUGGCGAUGUUGGGCUUGGAGCCUGGUAGGUUGUAGUGAAUGUCAUCCCCUCCAUAGGGGGGAAUUGAGAGGGGGGGCUGUGAAGGGACUUGUCCUACGCCUGUCACAUCCCCAUCAUUCAUAUACUUGAAUGUUUCUCUCCCCCCUCCUCCUUCUCUUUCUCUCCUUCCCUUCUCACGAUUUGACGUCCCUCGCAUUUUCGCCCUCUCCCACGGUAGUCACUCCUUUGCACUACAUACACGAAGUUUUACUUCCAGUCACUCUUUGAAUUACACUCUCCAAUAUCCCUACCUACUAUCAUUCUUUACAUCACACACAAGACACGAAAGUGAAAUCGAAAAAAUGCGUUUCUUCUCCACUGCCCUCGUCUCUGCCCUUGCGGCCCUGGCCUCUGCCUACACUCAGCCCGACUACUCUCAGAGCCCCACCGGCAAUGCCAUCCUCACCCCCGAACUGAACCAGAUUGUUCCUGCUGGCAAGCCCUUCGAGAUCACCUGGGACCCUACUACCUCGGGUAGCGUGUCUCUGGUCCUUCUCCGCGGCCCCAGCACCAACGUUGUCCCCCUCGAGACCAUCGUCGAAAACAUCGGCAACUCUGGCAGCUACUCUUGGACUCCCAGCACCACCCUCGAGCCUGACACCACCCACUACGGCAUCCUUCUCGUUGUUGAGGGCACUGGCCAGUACCAGUACUCCGUCCAAUUCGGCAUCUCCAACCCUGCCUACUCUUCUUCUUCCUCUGUUGCCGCUGCUACUAGCACCACUGCCGCCGCUGCUGUGAGCUCUGAUGCCUCCGAGACCAGCGUCAUCAUCAGCAAGAUCACCAGCACUAUCUGCCCUGAGACUGCCACCGCCACUGCCGACGUCAAGCCCACUUUCACCUCCGUCCCUGUUGUCGGUGGCAACAAGCCCUCCAGCUUCGUCGUUGCUCCCACUGCCUCCGGCUCUGCCAGCCUCAUCCGCAGCUCUGCCACUCCCUCCGGCACCCCUGCUGCCAGCAGCUCUUCCGUCUCCCCCGUCUUCACCGGUGCUGCUGACCGCAACGCCAUCAGCCUCGGCGCCGUCGCCGUCGGUGUCGCUGCCGUCCUUGCUUUCUAAGCGGAGCAGCAAUCCAGCAUUCUUAAGGAAUUUGUAAAGUGAUGGAGGAUGUACCUAUCUGAGACAGUUGUAUGUACAAGAACGCGCCAGAGCGCGAGUGAGUUGUUGAGAGUAUUUACGUUUGCAGCGAUUCGAUUCGAUUCGUCGACUCUUUACUUAUGACAAUAUACCCCCAUAGUUAAUGAGCAAGGGUAAUAAUAAGAGCAUUGUAUUAUACCAGAGCUGCAUUCAAGGAC